CACGCGCGCUAUAAAAAGGGGGCUCCCGCACACCGAGGGUCGGUCCUUCCUCUCCGGCAGUCGCGCGGCGCGGACGCGGACGCUCACCAUGGUGCCGUAAAGACGAGGAGACAGAGCGGAGAGGAGCGGCCGCGCCAUGGACAACUCCGGCGCACCGCCGCCCGGGGGGCACUCGGAGCCGACGGCGGCGGGCUCGCCUCCGCCCGAGUCCCCCGCCGACGCGCUUCGCCUGGUGCCCGCCUUUUGGGACUCCCCGCUGAGCCACGGCAUCAACGUGUUCGUGGGUCUGGUGCUGUGCUUCACCAUGCUGGGGCUGGGCUGCACGGUGGACGCGGGCCAGCUGGGCGAGCACAUCCGGCGGCCCGUCGGAGCGCUGCUGGCCGCCGUGUGCCAGUUCGUCGUCAUGCCCCUGAUCGCCUUCCUGCUGGCGCUGGCCUUCUCCCUGGACGACGUGGCCGCCGUGGCCGUGCUGCUGUGCGGCUGCUGCCCCGGAGGGAACUUGUCCAACAUCAUGUCGCUGCUGGUGCACGGAGAGAUGAACCUCAGCAUUGUCAUGACCAUCUCGUCCACGCUGCUGGCACUGGUGCUGAUGCCGCUGUGCCUGUGGAUCUACAGCCGCGCGUGGAUCAACACGCCCGUGGUCAGCCUCAUGCCCUUCGGCGCCAUCAUCCUGACCCUGUGCAGCACGCUCAUCCCCAUCGGCCUCGGCGUCAUGCUGCGCUACCGCUACACGCGCGCGGCUGACGCCGUCUUGAAGGCGUCGCUGUGGUCUCUGCUCAUCACCCUGGUGUUGCUCUUCAUCCUGACGGCGGCCCUGCUGGGCCCCGAGCUGCUGUCGGCCAUCCCGCCGUCCGUGUAUGUCGUGGCCCUGCUGAUGCCCAUGUGCGGCUACGCGGCGGGCUACGGUUUGGCGGCGCUCUUCGGCCUGCCGCCCAGCGGCCGACGCGCCGUCUCGCUGGAGACGGGCUGCCAGAACGUGCAGCUGUGCACCGCCAUCCUCAAGCUGGCCUUCCCGCCGCAGCUGAUGGGCGGCAUGUACAUGUUCCCGCUGCUCUACGCGCUCUUCCAGGCGGCCGAGGCGGGCGUCUUCAUCCUGGCGUAUCGGACGUACCGCAAGCGGGUGCUGGGCAAGGAGGAGCCGGCGGCGCGGCGGGACGGCGAGGACACUCGCAUCACGUACCAGCGCUUCUGGGACGAGGACGUCGACUUUGACGAAUCGUACGGCGCCGUGACGGUCAGCGACCCGAACGGCAUCAUGCUGGACCCCUGCCCACCAGACCCUACGCCUGUGUGACAAACACAAUGUUGCUGUGACUAAAGAUAAACAAAAGAAUACAAGAUGGGCUGAUGCAUGGAAGGCCUUCAUAAGCUGUGUAUUUCCAUUUUUAAUUAAUAGGCAAUUGAAAAUCAAAUAUUGAAAAAGUGACUGAUUAUUUUCUUUUGAUCAAACCAGGGUCCGACAUUGAUCUUUUUUUUUUUUUUUUAAGCCAAGUUGUGGUGGCCUUGUCAAAACUGGUACUGGCCUCAUAAGUUCAUGAUAUAGCACGAUAACAUUCAAUGAUUGAGAGACUAAAUAUGAAUAGCGUCUUCCUGCUGUAUUACUUAUGACUGCGGUGUAGGACUGAAGUGCUAUACACCGAACCCCAGCAACAGUUGGAAAUGACUUGAAUAUUAACUCUCAUAGGUCACUUCAAAGCCUGGAUACAGAGCAGUUAACUUCACGGGCGAGAUGGUGAGACUUUGAAGAUUCGUUAUUUGUCAGUCACAUAAUGCUCCGGAAUCCACACAUAGCAGGCCAGGGAUGCUCACCCGUCAUUAUCUUUGUAGCAGAAUCCUUACAACAGCCUUGGGGACCGGAAAACAACGAUGCUAAGGCAGACCUCGUGGUCAGAGGUGGAAGGCAGAGGGGCUUCACUGGUCGCGGUGCAGCGUCUUACAUGAACUGCCUCACAGUUCUGAGGACCGGGGUUCAAUCCCCAGCCCCGCCUGUGUGGAGUUUGCAUGUUCUCCCCGUGCCUGUGUGGCUUUUCUCCGGGCGCUCCGGUUUCCUCCCGCAUCCCAAAAACAUGCAUGCUAGGUUAAUUGACGACUCUAAAUUGCCCGUAGGUGUGAAUGGUUGUUUGUUUGUAUGUGCCCUGCGAUUGGCCGGCAACCAGUUCAGGGUGAACCCCGCCUCCCGCCCGAUGAUAGCUGGGAUAGGCUCCGGCACGCCCGCGACCCGCGUGAGGAGACGCGCGACAGAAAAUGGAUGGAUGAAUCAAGUAAAUGUUUUUUUUUUUAUUUAUAGUUUAUUUCCAUUGCGUCAUUAAAAAACAGGACAUUAUUUCAAAUUGACAGUGCACAAAAUGGUAACAGGUUUGGUACGUAACAUGUCGGAAAAUGCCACCAAAAAUGUUGAUUAUUGUUUUGCAAAGUAAAAGCAGAUGUUUGCAAAUGUCUUACUUUGAUUAAACACAAAGCUAAUCAGUCUACUUUCAUGGAGGACUCCAAAAAUAUGCAAAUAUUUCCUGCCGAGAGGCUGAAAUUCCAAGGAUUUGGACAAUUCUAAGUUAAGGUCUCGAAAUGACGACUCGAUUAUCAAAAUAGUUAUCAAUUCAUUUGAUAAUUGAUCAGUUGUUGAUUAAUUGACUAAUUGUUGGACCUGUAAACAUAACUGAGGAUUCCACCUCUAUGUCUUUCAGUGACUCUUCCAGUAUGGCUGUUGCUACCUGCCGGUGACACUCCAUGACACCUGAGGCUCAGUGGUGAGCUUUCAGACAGGACAGGAUGUUCUCAGAGGCAA